GGAAGACGAAUAUGUAUAUCGCACGUGCAACGCGCCCACGGAUGAAAAUGGCAUUAUUUUAGACCGUUUCUCUCUACGAACACACAGGCCAUAUCGACGAUGUCCAAGUCACAAGCAACAGUGACCGUGCGCAAACUGUGUCUGUCAUACGACAAAGGCAAGACGUUCACGCUCAACAACGCCUGCAUGACAGUGCCCAUGGGAGGAAUUUAUGGCCUGCUGGGAGCGAGUGGUUGCGGCAAGACGACCCUGCUGCGUUGUUGUGUGGGGCUCCAACGUCCAGAUGCCGGUGAAAUUCGUGUGUUCGGCAGACCACUCAACGAUGGUCUGGUUCCUGGUGCUGGAGUGGGUUACAUGCCACAAGAACUGGCACUGUAUGAGAGAUUUACGAUCGCCGAAAACCUCAUGUUUUUUGGGCAGCUUCUUGGAAUGUCAGCGGAAAAAUUACAGAACCGCAUGGGUUUCCUGUGCACCCUCUUUGAGCUCACACCUGCCAACAGAUUCAUCGGAAACCUCAGUGGUGGACAACAGAAGAGAGUCUCUUUGGCGGUCGCCUUGAUCCAUCAACCUCCGUUUCUCAUCCUUGACGAGCCAACUGUCGGUUUGGAUCCUGUAUUGAGAGAAACGAUUUGGAGCUACUUUGUCAACGUUGAGCGGGAAGAGCGUACAACUAUUCUGGUAACAACACACUUCAUUGAAGAGAUCGAGCAAGCAUCAGUGGUUGGAAUAAUGAAGAGCGGCAAGGUCUGGUGCGAACUUUCUCCAUCUGAAAUGAAAUCCAAGUGGGGCAAAUCGUCACUCUCUGCUGUUUAUCUCAACGUCUGCAAGAGCAUAGGCACGAAGACGCCAGGAACCGUGUCAGCGAGAGAAACACCAGCGGACGAUGUCCCACCUGCCCCUAUUCCUGCGAAUUUACAAGCGAGCAUGAAAUGGAACAACGGCUUCCUUGGAAUGACUGUCAGAACCAAGGCUCUUGUCGUCAAAAACAUCAUUAAGAUAUUCAGGCGCUUCAUAACCGGCGUAUUCCAGAUAAUUGUGCCUGCAUGCGUUGGAGUGGUGUUCUGCUUGUUCAUCGGGGGCAAGCCAUUCGGUCUAGAUGUAGCCGUGGUCGAUGAAGAUCACGGCGGUAAUUUGUCGUCCCAGUACAUACAACGUCUCGACACAUCGACUGUCAAACUGGUAUGGUAUGAUUCGUUAUCACAAGCCUACCACGCCGUCCUGAACCAAGAAGCAUGGGCUAUAGUCUACUUCAGGAAUGGCUUCGAAAGCGCUGUAACACAAAAGUUCAACGAAUUUCUGAAUGUGCCACCUGAGACGCAUGAAAAGUCAAUGAUUGAUAUCUACAUGGACUCAACAGAUUUUGAAAUACGAGGCACACUACUCAAAGUCUUUAUGGACGCGUACAAGGGAUUCGUCGUGCACGCCGUCAGUAAUCACUUUAGGUUCAACAUCUCUGUCGACGGCAUUCGGGUGGAGGAUCCUUUCUAUAACGGGUUCGAGUUGACCUUUCGGGAGUUCAUGGGUCCUGGUGUAAUCAUCUCGCUUAUCUUCGCCAUGUCCAUCUCACUGACUGCCAUUUUGUUGGUUUCUGAAAACCACGAAGGACUUCGCUCACGAUGUUUCGUGGCAGGUGUAACGGCGGGAGAAGUUGUAACUAGUCACGCCAUCGUGCAAAUGGUCCUCGCCUACAUGCAGACAAUGCUGAUGCUUCUCACCUUCGUUUACAUCUUCGACCUUCCGGUGCGCGGGAGCUUGCUGAUGGCUUUUCUUCUGCCACUGACAAUGGCCUUCUGUGGAAUGAGCUUCGGUUUCAUGGCAUCUGCUAUGUCCUCUGACGAAACGACUGCGCUUCUAACUUCUUUGGCCGUGCUCUACCCAUCUUUACUUGUUGGAGGUGUAAUCUGGCCUCUGGAGAGUAUCCCGAAGGUGAUGCAGGUGAUAAGCGAAAUCGUGCCUCAGACCUUGGCUGUGCGUGGCUUACGUGGUGCGAUGAUUCGAGACUACGGCGCAGGCAACAAAUCAGUGCUCUUGGGUCUGGGAUCCAACCUGGCCUGGGCUAUGGGGUUCUUCGCAGUAGCCAUCAUAAUUCUUGCCCGAUCGAAGGUUUGACUGUGGGAUGACUUUCAGCUACAGUUCUCAGAGUAAUAAAAUAACGUACUGCGACA